AUGGCAGGCGACAAGCGAGAUUCCACAGUUUUUGAUGCCGCUAUGACGGAGAAAAUGUUGAACGGGGAAACAGUUCAUGGAUUUUAUGUAACUUUUAUUGAAAAAUUAAGGAGAUGUAAUAAGUUUUUUUUCAGUUAGAAGAGGUCGAAGACAACGGCGAAUUCAGACGAAUCAAAGUUUCGAAUGGUGUCUGCAUCGUGGAUCCAGGGUUCAAACAGUGUAUUGGUUGCGAAAAAUGUUAUAAAGGAGAGGGAGGUCAUACAACGUGAGUCAAUUUUCUGAUAUAUGAUAUAUAACAACAGAAAACCAAAUUUCCAGCCGACAUGCGAGAAAAUGCACAAGAUUGGCCGAGAAACGACGUGAACCGCUGGAUAAAAAACGCGCGAAAGUAUUUAUAUCGGAAUUUGUGAUAAAUAGCGGCUCGCCAAUCGCAAUUGUCGAAAAUUCGCAUUUUCGGGAGAUGAUUAAGCGGAUGGCCGGAUAUUCUAGAAUGUCCGAUGAAGGAUUCGAUUCAUUUUUGCCGAAAAGAACUUGCAUAAGAGACGAAGCGGUGAAGCAGUUGGCGGAUAAACUUGACUUUUUGAAGAAAGAGGUAAACUGCAAUUAACUAAUGAAAAACAAUAAAGUUCAUUUGCAGUUCAAGCCACUCGUAGAAGAAAACAUGAUUUCACUUGCAUCGGAUUUUGGAAAAGUGAAUCAUGAUUUUUACUCAGUCAAAAUAUCAUUUAUACACGAAAGCUUUGAUAACUCCAUUCCACAAUGGUCAUUGAAAGUUGUGCCGAUUGGCAUGAAAGUUGUCAGUAAUUUGAAAAAAGACGCCUCCAUGAUUCACAAGACAAUUGCCGAUCUGUAUACGGGUUAUGAUUGGGAUCCACGAGUUUUGGAAGCGACUUACUUUUGUGCAGAUUCAGCGAAAAAUAUGCAAGCUGCUGGAAAUUAUCAUUUUCGCUCCUAUAUUCGAUGUUUAUCGCAUUUUUGUAACACCAUAUCUCUUCGAAUUUUCCAACCAUAUGCCAACAGCGAUUUAUCGGCUACUGUGAAGUCGAAUCUUGAUAGUUUGAAUGAUACGAUUGAUCAAUGUAUUGCACUUUCGAAGGAACUGAAGCCUUUCAAGAGCUUGACUAAAGAUUUGCCAGCUGAAAUCCACCAACAUUGUGAAACGCGCUGGUUGUCAAGGUACGCGGUUGUUUUGAGCAUUUUAACAAACUUAAACUGUUUGUGUGGAUGCGAGGAAGACUUCGAAGAUCAAGUCAUAUCGGAUCUCAUCGAAACAUUGGCUUUGUCUCGUCGAAAUAUCUCUUUGAUUGUCGAAACAUGGAAACCAUUACAAGAGAUGGUUAUGCUUUCUCAGGUAUUUUUUUUCAUGCAUUUUUAUUUAUAAUUUAUAUUUUUUCAGGAAGAGAAACCAUUCAUCCACAAAGUUUUGCCACUUUAUGCAGGACUGCUCCAGACUUUCCACAACUGGCAAGAGGACCCUGAUGAUGUUAGCUAUUUUUCUAAUGAUAUCUUUUAUAGCCAUUUUUCAGAUUAAAAGUUCGAUUGGUCAAAGUGCGAUGGAAGUUUUACUUAAAAAUCAAAAUAUUGUCGGCGGCCCUCAUUGUCUAUCCUACCAAUUGGAUCCAAGAAGAGUUCCAAAUAUUCAAGAGAUAUUCGAUGAAUGCUCCGUAAGUUUUUAUUAUUUGACAACAAGUAUAAUGAGAAAUACUUUGCAGAUUCAAUUCGAUAUUGAACAAGAAGCUAUGAUUGAACUUGAAGAAAUUGUCGAUAUUCUUGGAGUUGAAAAAACUAUUGCUCCACAAAUUUCUCAUCCCCCGUCACCAUCGUUUGUUCAGCGCUUCACGGCGCCGCCAGUCACACCAGAAUUCACAUUCUGGGAAGAAUAUCAAAGAUUUAUGUUGACGAGAACUAAUGUGGAUUUCGAAUUCUUUUGGCCGGCGAAUAAAACAAAUUAUCCGAAGCUCUAUCAUGUGGCCAAAAAAAUAUUUGGUAUUAUACCGUCUGAAGCUACUAAUGAAAGGGCAUUUAGUCAAACCAAAAGAAUAUACACAAGUACACGAGGUAAUUUGUCCAUUGAUCUUCUCGAAAAUCUCUUGUUAGUUAACCAAACUGAAAAUUCCAAAUACAAAUUCUCCCCUUCUUCUUCUUCACCUUCUCCUUGAAUUAAAAUGUCUUUUUCUUCUUUCAUGCUUUUUUGUUAAAAUUUUAUUGUUUCUUUUGUUGUUUUUCCCUGGAAAAAAUAAAAUGUUGUUUUUCCCUAGUAAAAGUAAAAUAAAGUCGUCGUUAAUGAAUUCGUUAAACAAAUAAACUACUUGAAGAUAACUUUGAAAGGCCCGCGGGCUACCCUAGCCCGGGCCGGGCUUUUUCCAUAUCAAAAAAAAAACGGCCCGGCCCGGGCCGCCUCGUUUCUUACUAGGCCCGCGGGCCGCCCCGGGCCGCGAAAACGACAUGCCUGGUUUGGCCCAAUUUUUUAAUAAAAGUUCCACCAUUUUUCAGAAUCAAAAUGUCGCAAGCUAAACACAAUUUGAUCCAUAAAUGUUCAUUCAAUGGAAAACCUUGCAAUAUCGACGAUGACUUCAAACUCGUAGUUGAUCCAACCUUCGGAAACUGCUUUGUUUUCAAUCAUAAUCGUACAGAUAUUAAGAAUAGUGUCCGAGCUGGUCCGAUGUAUGGCUUACGUGUUAUGUUAUUUGUGAAUGCAAGUGAUUAUUUACCAACAACAGAAGCUGUAGGAAUACGAUUGGCUAUUCAUGAUAAGAAUGAAUUCCCAUUUCCGGAUACUUUUGGAUAUUCUGCACCAACUGGAUUUAUUUCAUCGUUUGGUAUGAGAAUGGUUAGUUGAAAGGCGGCUUAAAUUUUUAAGAAACAUUAUAAUUUUCAGAAAAAAAUGAGCCGUCUUCCUCAUCCAUAUGGAGAUUGUAUUGAUAUUCAAUCUGGCUCCGAUUAUAUUUACAAAGGAUUUUUAUAUUCAACCGAAGGCUGUUAUAGAACCUGUUUUCAAAAUCUGAUUAUUAAUCGCUGUGGAUGUAGUGAUCCACGUUUUCCAACAAUUGGAAAUGUUGGACCAUGUGAAGUGUUCAAUAAAAAUCAUAGUAAGUUUAUUCAAGCUAAAUAA